ACUCUUCGUUUCCCUCUCAAUUUCAUUUUCUAUUAUUAUUAUUAUUUUUUCAGUUCACCAACAAAAAAAUUCCUUGCGAAGGGAAAAAAUUUCCUCAAAAUUUUUAUGGAUCCGACCACCAGCGACGCCAAAAACAACCGGCUGAACGAGAGUUCUGAAGGUGGUGGCGAUGGCGGCACCACCAUGGCUCUGCAGAAGAAGCGGUCCAGGCGAGUGAGUUUUGCAGAGAUGACGUCGGUUCACUUUUUCGACCGUGACGAUGAGUAUAACGAAACCCCUCGAACGAACACUGCAAAUCCUGGUGACAACUUGGGUAAUGACUUAGGGUUUGAUGGACAAUUGAAGGAACCAAAGGAUUUCGGAGGAGGUGAUGAUGAUGAUAAUGAUGAAGAGAUGGUUAUGCGGAGUUCAUUUUUGCGUCCAAUGGAGUCGCCUUCUCCUGGUAGCACCAUUGGUUCCGCCACCUCCAAUGAUGAAGAUAAUUUCUUUGGGCCUGUAUCAGCCAGUUUCAUAAGGCCUGGCCGGUUGUCUGACUCUGCAGCCUCAGAUGAUAAUCAUGAUGUUACAAUGGAUUCAACUGCAUUUUCCAUGCAUUUUCGUAGUCUUGCUAGAUCAGAAUCUGGGGUAGACUUCAAGACCCCAACAGGUGUUAAUCUCUCCUUUGAAGAGAAAACUCCAACGAAUGAGAAUGUAGGAAGUUUCAUGAAAUUGACUUUAGUUAAGAAGCCGAUUUCCGAAUCCUCCAUUCCUGCCACAAAUGUUAGUGGAAGUCGUGAUUCAAAUGAUAUGAGUCUUGUUGGUGAAAACCCCAACAAGUAUAACUAUGAGAAAUUGUCUCCAGGAUUGGAUGCACUUUUAGCAGAAAGCAGAAAAAAUUUGCUUGUUGUUGGUGGCUCCGAUGAUAUUAAUGUCUCACAAUCACCGGGGAUGAUGAAAAGUAGGCUCUCUGUAUCAUCAUACGAUGGGGAUAGGCUUAUGGAUUUAAGUGAGUUUGCAAAGCAAGAAAUUUGCCCAAUCGUUCCUCAUGAUUUGCUGUGUAAAGAAGAUUCUGAUGUACAUGGCAAAUUUAAGGAGGCAAAUCGUGGUACUGGAACCUUUCCUGUUUGUCAUCGCACUCAAGAUUUUGCAUUUAAUCCUAGCAAUGCUGCAGCUUUUGACAUCUCUGAGGAUAACCAAAAUAGGUCGCUCAAUCAGUUGAGUAAAUGUAAUUCACAGGACAAUUUCGUGGAGUCUGUUAAAGACACUCACGAAAUUUGGAGGCCUGAUGCAUCUAUGGUAAUUACUGGUGAUGGCCUAUCAGAACCUAAUAACAAAUGGAGCCAGUUUAAUCAGCAUUCACAUAAUGAGUCCGAAUCUCCAAUGUUAGGAUCUACAUCUUUGCCUGCUAAACGGAGACAAACAUUGCUGAGCAAUCCUUCAACAUCUAAACAUUUGAGAUUGGGGACUCCUUUACAGGAACAUCAUUCGUUUCUGAGCAGUGAAAACAUAAAACGUCUUGAGAGUGAUUUAUCCAUUAAGAAAAGCAUUUCUAAACUUGAAUUACUUGAGAAAUCUACCUUUUCUUCUUCCUUCAGUACUGAAAUUGACAAAUCAUAUAUCAAGUUACUGGAUUUUUCAAAAUCCCCUCCUUUUGAUACUUUUAAGGAGAACGAACAUGAAGAUUUCAAAAUUAAACAUGUUGAAGACUCAGUUAACGGAGAGAAGAUCUCAAGUUUGAAAGGAAAAAAAAGACCUUUCAGCAUCAUCGGUAACAAGUUUGAGAGCCCAAAUCAUAAUUUCAGGGAAAACCAUUUGGAAGAAUCUUUGGCCAUUAUAAAGAGUGGAAAUUAUUCAAAUGAUAUGCAUGCCACAAUUCUUCAUGCAGAUCAAUCAAAAGAAUACAAGGGCAAUGCGGCUUCACCCUCUCAGUUCACUGGGUCUGGAAAGAAAAAAGAGCAAGAUUUUAUAACAUCAAACCUUACCAGUGAUAAUGCACUAAUUACAUCCACAACUGAAUCCUCAUUGGCCAAGAACACUUCAGAUAAAGUAGUGAAAGCAAUUGUCCCUCCUCGUAAGUAUGCUACUUCUCUUGAAAAAAGGCUGGAAAAUAAGUUGCCAACUUCUCCGGCAAAUCAAGGUGGCCAGUAUAAAGAUUUAGAGCUGCAGAAUCAGUUCCCCCAACUUCAAGACUUUGACCACGUCCAAGAAUCAUCUCUUAAGGGAAGUGUUAUUGAUGCUAAUCUCUCAACUCCAUCGGCUGAUAUGGAUUCUUUAUCCAUGGAGAGGAUAGAAGAGUUGAGCUCACCUAUUAUUGAAGUCAGGGGAUUCCAAAAGUUAAUUGAAGUGAAAACAAGUGGUGACAGAGAAAAUCUUCAUGCUAAGAAGGAAGUUUAUGAAACACUUGACAACUAUAUUACUCCUGUUAAACAUGAACAAGUGCAAAUUAUGCAUUCUGUAAUGCUGGAUGGAGGUCUUCAAUCUGGUAAGGACAUCUCCAGGUCUGAAUUCAUAGAUGUUUCCUAUGGCUCUGUUUCUCCUUCUGCCGGCAGGAAUUCAAAUGAGCCAAGAUUUCGGAAUAGAUCGCAUCAGAAUCUGGUAGAGUUCCUUGCACACAGCCCCUCGAGGAAACAGAUAGACAAUAAACAUUCCUCCGAUAUACUAUAUUCCAAGUCCAAUCAGCUGGACAACAGACCGCAAAACUUUUCUGCACAUAUGAGCAAAAAUAUAGAAUUACAUGGAAAUGGAAUAACUGCAAUGCAGAGGAGUCCUGAACGUAAGAAAGGUGGGUGUUAUGAUCCACGAACAUUGGAAUAUCCUAAUGAUGGUAGCAGAGGAGCAGUCAUGAUUGGUCAUGAAUGGAAGCAAUCGACUACUGUGCUUCAGAUUUAUUCAAAAUACUCGGAGGAUAUUAAACAAUUGAUUUCUCAGUUGACCAAGGAGCUUAAUUCGAAGGCGAUUGAUGUCCUGGAAGAUAUUUUGCUACACCUGCAGAGGUCAAAAACAUAUGAAUUGCUUCACAGUGAAAUCUUGCCUAAGGAAACAUCUAACCUUCAUAACCUUAAGCAUGAAAGAUUAGGUGAAACAAGACUAUUGUUGCAACAGAUUGUGCUCGAAAAGGCAAAGUUACAGCUGAAGAAUGUGAAGAGGGAGCGACUGUUGAAAAAUUUACAAAUUUUGAGCUCUAGGACUCAGGAGUUGCAAAUGUUAAAGAUGAGUUCUUUGUCAAGGUUACUGAAGACGCGUGCUGCUAAUAUCAAAGCUGAUGCUGUUUCUCGUCAUUUAUUUUCUAUUGAUUCAGAAAACAAAGAUGAGGGUAUACAUGACAAAUUGACUACAAUGAGGCAGGCUUUAGAAGCUUCAGAGAGAAAGAUUACAAACUUAAACAAAACUUUUCAUGUUUCUUGCAAGCUCAAAGGCGAACCAAGCUGUGGCGACACCAUUGCGUUAGUUAAUGAACGUUUGAUAAAGAGGGCUUGUGGCAGGUUCAUUCGUCUGUAUAUGCAGAUUUGGAUGGUACUUAAUGUGGAAAGUAUGAAUGGUCAGCAGAAUAUUAUUCUCAAUUACCUUGAUUUCGCCACACAAAGCCUAAAGGUUAACGUGGGUCCUGCAUCAACCAUAGCAAUUUCAUUCAAGUUGAAUGAUGGGAACAUCAUAAAGAAUUUCCCAAAUAUGGAUGCUUGCAGUGCUUUUGCAUUUGUGUUAGAUGCUGACAUCAGAAGAAAAUAUGUGGGUGUUAGAACUCUGGUAACAGAAACACAAGUAACCAGCUCCCUCCUGGGAACUUUGUUGGAUGUGCUUGAGGAGGUGCAACUAGCAAAGUUGGAGCUCCCCAGUUUGAAUCAGUCAAGCUUUUAUUGCCCAUCUGAAAAUCGUCUGUCUACUUGUGCAUUGGGGUUACUGUUUUUCUUUUCAAUUUCUCUCCUUUAUUUCUCCAAACAAACCUUGUGAAGCCAACAGUGGUUAUGUCUUCACAUUAAAAGGCAGAACCCAGCUUAUCCCAGAAAACGACAAAACAAGAAUCAUAUGUUUGAAGUAACUUUGCAAUGAAAUAAGAGUGAAAAUCUCCCAUGCUUCCUUGCACAUAAAACACUGCUGACUAGAACAACAACGGACAUCCACGCCAUCAGAAGAGCAUUUUGAGCAGAGCAUUCAACACAAAAAAAGCAGAACUUCUUUCAUAGUUAUAGUUGAUCACAUAGCCUUAUUAGGUCGCAGGCUUUCUUCAGCACAGCCAAAUAGUGGUUAGUAAUUUUUCAAUUUGGCCCUCUAAUCAAUAUAAUAAGUAACAAACAUUUUUAUAUUCAAAUCAAACAUAUCAUGAUUUGGAUUUUUGUUCAAUUGUAAAUUAAUCCCUUCAUCCACAAUUCUGUCUUGGUCUGAAGGCAGAGAGUUUUAGGCACAAAACUGUGAGUAUUUUUAGCGUUCCGUAUUUACAGUUUGUAUUCUUAUGUUUAUAAUUGUGAGUUGGACAUUAUGAUCCGUGCUAGCUGCCAAUUUACUUUUCUUUAUUGCUUCUUCAUUCUACAUGGUAAUUGGUGAGUGUAACCUGAGCACCAAGUUUAGACCGUGCUUAUGGGUGUUAGGUAAUUUUUUACAAACGAGUCGCUCCAUGGAAAUGCCCCACAUGGUAAUGAUGGCAUUCAAUUGUGGAGGGAGGGAGUACUA